AUUUGAGAAGGUGGCAGGAGUGUGCUAUUCCGCAUAAUUGCGUCGUUCUGAGCGCCCCGAACGAGGCGUCGACGGGCGAAAGAUGAAGCUCCUGGGCGUUCCGGAUUGGAUCAUCUUGGUGGCGACAGCCCUCGUCCUGCUGUACUUGUAUGCAGCCCGAUACAGGAAUUACUGGAAAGAGCAGAAUGUCGUCCAUGAAGACUUUUCACUCAUAUUUGCCACAGCAAAACAAAUGUUGUUCAAGCCUUUUUUUCAAAUGGACCUUGAUAGGUACACCAAGUACGGGAGAUUGUUUGGAGCGUACGAGGGCGGGAAGCCCGUGCUCUUCGUGGCUGAUCCGGAAUUGGUGAAGCUCGUACUCGUCAAGGACUUCGCUUCCUUGCCCAAUAGGAGGAUCUUAAGUUUCGGCGAUUCACUCUUGGAGAACAUGAUGAGCAUCCUCCCUGUUGACAAGUGGAGGCGGAUCCGACCGGCAGCCAGCCCAGCGUUUGCUGCGGGAAAGCUACGCAAGAUGAAUUCCUUAAUAGCGGACUGCGCCCGAACAACAGCGGAACACUUGAAAGAAACGGCCGAAAAGGAGGGAGAACUGGAGUUGAAGCAAUUCUACGCGAACUACGCCCUCGAUGUGAUUGCCAGGUGCGCAUUCGCCACCCGACUGGACUCGCACAGUGAUGAGACCAACGAGUUUGUAACCAAAGCCAAGCAGGCAAUUUCAAGCGGAAUAACACUGCGACUAGUUGUAGCUUUUUUGUUCCCCAAGGUUUUCAAACUUUUGAAACUGAAGGCUCUCAACACUGAAGUAUUUCUUUACUUCAAGAACCUCUGCCUCAAAAUAAUCGCCAAUCGCAAAGAAACCCGAGGUCGGCAAGACGAUUUCUUGCAACUUAUGAUGGACGCCCAAGACGGUGUCCUUGAAGCUGCGGCUGAAUCUACAUCAUCGGCCAACGAGAAACUCUUCAAUCUGGACUCGGAGAUCAAGGCGGACACCUCGUUCGAGGGAGGUGCUAAAGCCUUAACUGAAGAGGAGGCCAUGGCGCAGUGCAUUCUCUUCUUUGUCGCCGGUCAAGAGUCGACGUCAUCCGUGCUCGCAUUUACCCUCUACCUCCUUGCGCUGCAUCCCGAAGUUCAAGCCAAGCUGAGGGAAGAAGCCGACGAAUGUUUCCGUCAGCAUGGGCCCGAUCCAAGCUUGGAUAUCAUCUCAAAACUCAAGUACCUUCACGGGGUCGUGUCAGAAUCCCUGAGAAUGUUUCCUCCCGGACCAAGGUUGGAGCGAUAUGGUCCAAGCGACUAUGGUCUGGGUGACACCGGAAUAAAAAUUCCAAAAGACUGCGUGAUUGCCGUACCAGUUUAUGCGAUGCAUCACGACCCAGACUAUUUCCCCGACCCAUCAAAGUUUGAUCCCGACAGGUUCAGCGAGGAGAACAUCGAUAACAUUCGCCCGUACACAUACCUUCCUUUUGGAGCGGGGCCACGGAACUGCAUCGGCAUGAGGUUCGCCUUGGAGGCGGUCAAGCUGUCCCUCCUGCACUCCGUCCACAGCGUCGAAUUCGUUCGUACAAACAACACUAAGGUUCCCCUCGAAUUUGUCACUGGAUUUUUGGCUUUCAACGCCAAGAAUAUCACAAUCGGAAUUAGGAAGAGAUCCGCGUGA